GGCCUACCUGCUCCCCGCCCUCGCCCGCCUCCGCGAGCGCGCCCGGCCCUCGACCGACAGCCUGCCGGCGCUGCCCCGGGUGCUGGUGCUCGCGCCCACGCGCGAGCUCACCCAGCAGAUCGCCACCGAGACGGCCAGGCUGUCCAUCGCCAUCGGGCACCGUUUUGUGCCCUGCUUCGGCGGGGUGUGGAAGGGCGCGCAGCUGCGGCAGCUGGAGAAGGGCUGCGACAUCCUGCUGUCGACACCUGGACGCGCGAAGGACUUCAUGGUGGGCGUUAAGGAAAAGGGCGCGGCGCCAGCCGUGAGCGUGAAGGAGGUCGCGUACCUCGUCCUGGACGAGGCGGACGCGAUGCUGUCCAUGGGCUUCAUGCCGCAGAUAAAGGACAUCGUGAGACGGUGCAAGAAGACGGGCCUGCCGGCGCAGGCCUUCGGCGCUGGGGGCAGCGAGGCGGGAUCCAGGCGGCAGACGCUCUUCUUCACGGCGACGUGGCCAAGGCGGGUUCGCGCCGCUGCCAAGGAGCUGACGGCGGACGGGGCCGCGCAGCUGCGUAUCGGGCAGGGCGUCGGUUCGGAUAAGCUCACGGCGAACAAGAACGUGCGGCAGAUCGUCCAGGUAGUCGAGCGCCGCGACAAGCUCCAGAGGCUGAUUAACGUGUUGACCUCCGAGCUGUCCGACGGGGACACGUGCAUUGUCUUUUGCAGCACUCGAGGGAGAGUGGAUUUUGUUGUAGAUUCACUACGGAGGGAGAAGGUCGUCGAUAGGUGCGAGGGUAUCCACAGCAGCAAGGAGCAGUGGGAACGGGACAAGAUUCUGGAACGCUUUCGCGGUCACACAGCUGCGGCAAAUAAGCGUGCAGUGCUCGUCGCCACAGACGUGGCUGCCCGCGGGAUCGACAUCCCGGGAGUGGCGCUGGUCGUGGUCUACGACCUGAACGGUUGGAACGGCGAGCUCAACAUUGACUCGUAUGUCCACAGAAUCGGCAGAACCGGCCGCGCUGGAAAGAUGGGACGGGCAUACACCUUCGUGGACCACAAGGACCCUGUCGCCCUCCUUCCCAUCUCCACGUGGACGCCUUGCACAAACAAACAAAAACACCAGAGGACCCCCAGAACCCCUCACCUCUCAUUCCUCACCUGCUCCCCCGUGUCUUCUUCCCUCUCCCUCCUGCUUCUGCUCAUCCGCCGCAAGGACAGGGGUCUACCAGACCUGGUGCGUCUGCUGAAGGAUGCGGAGCAGAGGGUGCCCAUACCUCUGCAGGAGGUCGAGGUGGGCGAGCGCCUCCCCGUCAAGGCGAGGGCCGCCGUGGCCGAAGGGGAGGAGGAGGCGGAGGAGUCGCUGCCGAAGGCUCGCCUCCGCGACCGCGGCCGCCUCGCCUCGCUCGCCGGGCCCGCGGGCGCGCGGGGGAAGCGGCGCGGGGCGGCCCCGGAGGGCAAGCCGCGGCGCGCGAAGACGGCGAUGAAGUGAAAAA